AUGGAUGAGGUAUUCUCAGAGGCAAGAGAUGAAUUCGGAAUCAGGGCAUGGACCUACAUUGCCACUGGAGAUGGUGUUAUGAGGACAUGGCCGGGCCAUGCCAUGGAGCGUGGUGAUGACGUUCCUCCUGGUGAGGGCAAUGCAGAGUUGGGAAACUGCAAGCCAUAUGAACCGCGACUUCGUCCAUGGUAUGUUGCAGCCACCAGUGGGCCAAAGGAUGUUGUUUUGGUGAUUGACACAUCAGGCAGUAUGCUCACGACAGAUGGUGAGAAGUUUGGAGACUUUCGUUCAAGAUGGGAUAUUACCAAGGAUGCCAUCCUUGCCCUCUUGAACACGUUUGGCACCUCCGACUUUGUCAAUAUUGUGGCUUUCAACAGCGAUGCCAGAGCACUUUAUACAAACAAACUUGUUCAAGCAAAUGAGGAACAAAUUGCCCUGCUGAAGGAAGCACUGGAGAACAUAGAGCCUCUUGGUGGGACGGAUUUUCGAUUGGCAAUGGAGGUCGCAUUUGAUCUCCUCAUCAAUGCAGCAGAUAGAACGCUUGAAGACGAGGAGCCAACCAGCUCAGACUGUGAGAAGGUGAUUCUCUUCCUUACAGACGGCAAAGACUGCACGCUCACAAACUCCAGGUGUUCUAUGCCAGUUGACGAAAACGAAACUGGGGUGGACUCUGUGCUGAAUUUCAUCGAAGAGAAACAGACGAAGUUGGCAUCUUUGGAGAGCCAACGGGCGCACAUAUUCACAUUUUCGUUGGGCUUUGAGGCAGACGACGAACUCCCAAAGGAGAUGGCAUGCGCAAAUGAGGGAAUCUGGAAGCGUAUCAUACACAGUGAUGACCCAUUGGUCAAAAUGAAUGCCUACACCUCAUAUCUGGCAUCAAGAAGAGCACAAUCCGACGUGAUUUGGUCUCGAACCUAUGAUGAUGCAUUUGGUUUGGGCACUGUUAUAACUGCUGCCAAGCCAGUGUACGGUCCAGCAACAGCUGUUGGUGAACAAGGGCCCCUCAUUGGCGUGGUGGGGCAUGACGUGAGGUUGUCAGAUUUCAAUGAGAGGGCCCCAGGCUUCCAGGAAACGAUUGGGCGAUUCAUAUCUCGAGGGAAUGAAUGCCUUCCUGUCGAAUUCUCCAGCUGCGACCUUCAGCUGCUGAGGGGAGAGCAGGCCCAGUGCCCAGAGGUUUUCGACGAUGCAAAUUGCUACUUCUUCGAAGGCACUGGUAACUACUACAUGGCCCCCAAGACGCCACUCCUCGAUUUCGCAGGGGCCGAGGAAUACUGCCAGGAGCGUGGGGGCACCCUUGCGGAAAUUGACGAAGACCUCGAGGACGAACUACUGGCGGGGAUCGCUUCUAACGCCGGAUCGUGGCUGGGCCUUAGGUACAGUGACAACGAUUCGCAGUGGGUGUGGACGAACAGCGGACGGGUGGAGCCACAGGGGUCGAAUCUUUGGGCAGUGUUGAUUGAUCCUCCGACGCGACGAAACCGCUUGAUGUGUGCCACAAUCGAUCGAAGGGGAGUGCAGCAGAAUGUCCAUCCUGAGGACUGCAGUGUCAAGCGACGCUUCCUCUGCGAAUUCGUGGGGCCGUAUCCUCCGACUGGAUGUGGGGAGAGCGAUACAAUUGUAGUUGAUGAUGACUACGAGUACAACGUUCGACCCCUGUCAACAUGCCGCCCAGGGGGGGAGAGCGGACGGGAUGCCACGGCUAUCGGCGUCGCUGUAGAGAGUCUGACUAACGAGAGGGUCAUCUGCCCCCUUGGACAGCCCAAAUCCACUUUUGAUGUCCGCUGCUGUGACGAAUGCAAAUAG